GCACCUCCAAAACAAGAACCAAGGACAAUUGAAAAUACCAGAGAACCAGAUGAAACUUUUGUUGAUGGUGAAGAUGAAGAGCUUCUAAAGGCACCUCCAAAACAAGAACCAAGGACAAUUGAAAAUACCAGAGAACCAGAUGAAACUUUUGUUGAUGGUGAAGAUGAAGAGAUUCAAUAUGACUUAGAUACAGAUGAAAUGUCCAAUUAUUUCAAUAGAGACGUUGUACCGAAAAUUUUGAUAACAACAGCUGAAAAACCACAUACCAAAACAUUAUUGUUUGCUAGAGAAUUAAGACAAACUAUACCUAAUGCACAUUUACAUUGGAGACGUAAAUUUAGUAUAAAAAAUCUUAUAAAAAUGGCAAUAAAAAAAGAAUUUACAGAUAUUAUUGUAAUUAAUGAAGAUAAAAGAAAUCCUAGUAUCCUUUUAAGUAUUGUUUAUAACUAUUGCUUGAUCUGUUACAAUUCUAUAUAAGAUAUUAUUAUUAAA